AGCUGGACGUGGCGGCGUCCCGGCAGAGGUCCGAGCCUCGGAGGCCCGACUGCCCACGCGUUGUGGGUGGGCGGCUGGGCAAAAGGGUGGCGCGGACGCCCCCAACCCUCCGCCGUUCCACGCGCCCAUUGGGCGGUGUCCCCAUCACUCUCCUCUCGGAGACACCACCUUCUCCCCGAGGCCGGAUCCUUCCCUCCGCCGCGUCCUGGAAGCCUCUGAUUGGACUGAGGCGAGGUCCAUCCGCCACGAGUCCUGCAAUCUACUGGACGCGAGGUGUUCGGGCCGCCUCCCGCCUGCUGGGAUUGGCUCGCUGCGUGUUGGCGCAACGGAAGAGGCGGCCAGCCGCGGGUGCCCCUCCUCUGCGGCCGCACUGCCCGCCGCCGGAGAGGCUCGGGCGGCAGCGGCGCUGGGGGGCUGGCUCGGGCGGCAGCGGCUGCUGCUGCUGCGGAUGGGAGCGGGCCGGCGCGGCGCGCCCAUGGAGCGCCACGGAGGGGCCGCCGACGCCCCCGCCCCGGCGGCUGGGGUGCCGGCGCCCGGGGCCCCCGAAGGGCGGCUGCGGCGGGAGCCGCUGCGGCGCCGGGCGAGCAGCGCGUCGGCGCCGGCGGUCGAGGCCGCGGCGCAGGGCGUGAGGCGGGUCCGGCCCGGCUCCUACAGCGGCCCUGCCUCCGGGGCCCGCCCGCGCGCCGAAAGCCUCCGGAAGAAGCGGCCGCUCUUUCCGUGGUUUGGCUUGGAUAUUGGUGGAACCCUGGUCAAGCUGGUUUAUUUUGAACCCAAAGACAUCACUGCUGAAGAAGAAGAGGAAGAAGUGGAAAGCCUUAAGAGCAUUCGGAAGUACCUGACCUCCAAUGUGGCGUACGGGUCCACGGGCAUUCGGGACGUGCACCUGGAGCUGAAGGACCUGACUCUGUGCGGACGCAAAGGCGACCUGCACUUUAUCCGCUUUCCCACUCAUGACAUGCCCGCUUUUAUCCAGAUGGGCAGAGAUAAAAACUUCUCAAGUCUCCACACUGUCUUUUGUGCCACUGGAGGUGGAGCAUACAAAUUUGAGCAGGACUUUCUCACAAUAGGUGAUCUUCAGCUUUGCAAACUGGAUGAACUAGACUGCUUGAUAAAGGGGAUUUUGUACAUAGACUCUGUUGGAUUCAAUGGACGGUCACAGUGCUAUUACUUUGAAAAUCCUGCGGAUUCUGAAAAAUGCCAGAAGUUACCAUUUGAUUUGAAAAAUCCAUACCCUCUGCUUCUGGUGAACAUUGGCUCGGGGGUCAGCAUCUUAGCAGUCUAUUCCAAAGACAACUACAAGCGGGUCACGGGUACCAGUCUUGGAGGAGGGACUUUCUUUGGUCUCUGCUGUCUCCUCACCGGCUGCACCACUUUCGAAGAAGCUCUGGAGAUGGCAUCCCGCGGAGAUAGCACCAAAGUGGACAAGCUUGUGCGAGACAUUUACGGCGGGGACUACGAGAGGUUUGGCCUGCCGGGCUGGGCUGUGGCCUCGAGCUUUGGAAACAUGAUGAGCAAGGAGAAGCGGGAGGCCGUCACAAAGGAGGACCUGGCCAGGGCCACUCUGAUCACCAUCACCAACAACAUUGGCUCCAUCGCCAGAAUGUGUGCCCUGAAUGAAAACAUUAACCAGGUGGUAUUUGUUGGAAAUUUCUUGAGAAUUAACACGAUCGCCAUGCGACUUUUGGCGUAUGCUUUGGAUUACUGGUCCAAGGGGCAGCUGAAGGCACUGUUCUCGGAACAUGAGGGUUAUUUUGGAGCCGUUGGAGCACUGCUUGAAUUAUUGAAGAUCCCCUGAUUGUUACCUGGGGAAGGGUUUCUGGAUCUUCCCAUGAUGGGACCUGUGGACUUUUUUUAAAAGACUCUCGAUUUUGUGAAUGUACUACCUGAAUCAAAGCGAGAAGAGACAAGUGUAUUUUUCUAAGUCAUCAAGAUGAAUCUUAAAGCAGCCAGUAAGGAAAGGCAUUAAAAGCAAAAGAAGUAAGUGGA